UUUUUUUGACAAUUUGAACGCUAGAUUCUUUCGGUUCGUCUUUGCAUCCUUCAAAAACCUUACACACGACCGCACUAGCUUGAACAUGGCGGCAGCUGCUCUGUGGCUGCCUCAGCAGGAAGGUCUGGGAGAGAUCUGUGGGUUACUUGAACAGCACAUCUCUCCUACUUCAGAUAAGCCUCAGAUUUGGCAGCAGCUUCAGCACUGCAGUCAGUUCCCUGAUUUCAAUAACUAUCUCGCUUUCAUAUUCGCCCAUGCCGAGGGUAAAUCUGUAGAAGUUCGGCAGGCAGCUGGUUUACUUUUAAAAAAUAAUCUGAGGACUGCUUUCAAAUCCAUGGCACCUGCCCACCAGCAAUACAUCAAAUCAGAGCUGUUGCCUUGCUUGGGAGCCGCAGAUAGACAUAUAAGAUCCACAGUCGGAACAGUUAUUAGUGUUGUUGUUCAACAAGGACGGGUGUUUGGUUGGCCAGAGCUCUUGCAAGCACUUGUCCAGUGCUUAGACAGCAAUGACUUAAAUCAUAUGGAAGGUGCUAUGGAUGCUUUAUCAAAGAUUUGUGAGGAUAUACCACAGGAGCUUGAUUCAGAUGUGCCUGGCCUAGCAGAACGCCCAAUCAAUGUAUUUCUACCCAGAUUAUUCCAGUUUUUCCAGUCGCCACAUGCCUCUCUCCGAAAGCUUUCCUUGGGUUCUAUAAAUCAGUUCAUUAUGCUGAUGCCCACGGGACUACUUCAAUCCAUGGAUCAAUACGUCCAAGGUUUGUUUGCUCUUGCACAUGAUCCUUCUGCAGAGGUGCGAAAAUUGGUAAGUAGUUCUCUUGUUGUUUCUUUGUUGGAAUGGUAUGAACUAUGAAACUAAGUGCAUGUGACUUCAA